AUGCCACUGCAGCCUUCAGCAGAAGUAUGCCGACGAGUGACAGCACCAUGCCUCGGGCAGCAGGACCAGGCGGCCUCGAAUGAGCGAGCCCAUGUUCAGCAAGAUGUCAAUGUGCGACUGCAGUACCUCAAGGAUGACCCGAUCUACAAGAAGCAGAAGCCGCUUCAGAUCACGCCGAACUUCUUGGACACAGAAAAGAAGACCAACGUGGGACUGGCCCCUGGCCAGCCGGAGACCAUUCAUGAUGUACGUGGACGCAUGGACCAGUUCUCACUGGACAGCCAUGGGUUUCAGUACGUACAUGCGCCUACAUCUCUCACGGAAUGGGCGUCUCAGCCGAAGAUCGCAAAGGCCUACCUACCUGAUCUGGAGCAGCUGCUCAAGCGAGAAGUCGCUGGUUGCGACGAGAUCAUAUUCUACGAUGCGAGGAUUCGCCACUCAGACGAAGCUGGCCUGCGGAUCGAUGGCCUCUCGUACAAUCCUUUCGCUAGGCAAGUGCACACAGACAAUACCGAGAAGAGUGUCCUACAUAAGAUACGCAAUCUCACCGAGAUCAAGGCCGACUACCUUUUGAGUGGACGUGCUCGUAUUAUCAACAUAUGGCGGCCAAUCAAGCAUCCAGUAUAUGACUGCGGGCUUGCAGUCGCCGAUGGUGGUAAGCUCCGGCAGGAUGAUGUGAUAGAGUGCGAUCGACAUCGGCAUGACACCAACGAAUUCUGGGAUACUAUGGGAGUUAUCCAAUACAGACCAGGCUUCGAAUGGUACUACAUGUCCGAGCAGGACGAGCAAGACGUACUUCUGUUCAAAACAUACGACAGCGACACUGGCAUCAAAACGCGAACAUGCCUCCAUACUGCCUUCGAUCUACCAUCCGUGCCCGAGAAUGCUCCCACGCGAGAAAGCAUAGAGGUCCGAGCUUUGAUUUUUACAUAUCCUACCACUAGCCAGAGACCGUUCGGCGCAUGGACUAUGCCUCAGCCACUCGCGGAGAGUCUAGAGCAAGGCCAUCUCAAGCGGGUGGACGUGGAGCACAACAUCACUGACUGCCCUCGAAACGACAUAGACGAGGGUAACGAGAUCAAAGCCGCCAUGCUGCUACUCCGGAAACAAGAAAUACAGAGGCUCGAGACGGAGCUUGAGCACGCUCGCAAGCAAAUCUCCAUAUAUGGGAGGUGGACCGAGGCAUUACAGAGUCAGAUCAGAGACCUUAAUGCGAAGCUCAAGCAAAGCGAGUUCGAUUUGAGGCUCGAGAACCAAGGGCUACGAGCUCAGCUAGUUGAUGUCCAACUGCGUCAUGGCCAUGUCAAUGUCAGUGAUGAUGAACGAACGAUACUGCACCAGCAACUAGAACGAGCACAGUACGAAGUGCAAAAGUGGCGGGCUGAAGCUAUGGGCUAUGGCAAUGAUGCGGUCAGUCGAGUCUGGCAAGGCAGCGUCGACGAAGCUAUUCGACGAGAACGUGAGAAAGAUGCCGUCGUCAUCAACAGUCUACGAGCUGAGCUUGAAGGCCUAAGAAUUGCACAGGCUUCGUAG